AUGGACAACAUGCACAUCACCAACGACGCGGACAAGGCCGCGAUCGAGCGCGAACUGAACGCGGUCGUCGACCAGUCGCUCGCAAAACGAGCGAGCGAUGCCUCGUCGCCGUACUGGCACUACUGCCAAGCCAGCAAGACAGGCAACAAGCUCAAGCGCAUCGCCGAGCGCCUCCAGCACAGGACGACAGACUCGACAACAUCGAUCCCCGUCACUCGCCCCAACCAACGAAGACGAAGCAGCGCGCUGCGAAUGCGCAACGCUGCAUCUUCCGGUGCGCGCGCCAUCACCCUAGACACGACCAAAUUGGCACAGAGACCACCCGUGGCGACACGGCGCACGACCGAACCGGUGGACACAGUCGAGCCAGAGCCGACUCUGGACACGAUCGCCCAGCGUCUCCGGGUCGUCGAGGCGUCCAUUGCAGCGCUGCCGACCUACGUGACGGCACUGCAGACGACGAUGCAGCAGCUCCACGCCGACCUUGCGCGCCUGCGUACGUCCUCCAAACCGGAUGCCACCGAGUUGCCGCCGCUUCACGUGUCACCUCUCUCUCCCGCGAUGCGCUAAUGUAAUAGUUGAUCACCAACGUUGUCAAG